AUGCUACUAGUGCUAGUGCAUAUUGCGCCUGUUCCAUACUUCGAGCACGUGCACCCAAUAUACCCAUUUUUACACCGAGAGGAGUUUGAGAAAAAGGCUCUCGAUAAACAAUGCCUCGCAUUCUGUCAGGAAAGCGCAUCAUUUUCGGCCUUGUAUCACGCAGUACUAGCACUUGGCUGCCAACGUCGAGAAGGGGGAUGUUUCCAGCCGGGCCAAGGGACAGCCUGGAAGCUAUUCAAGGUUGCCUUUAGUCAUUUCCCCAAUAUCAUUGCCUCUAAGGAGACUUUGGUUCAUGCUCAGGCUAUAUUUGCUCGCAACACUUCCUGGGUUCAGAUUGAGAAAUCGUUGACAACCCAAGCCGCCAGAAUUGUGCAAGCGCUUGGCCUUAAUCGGGCCAUGUACGAAAGCGAAAAUAUCGAUCUGUGUCAGAGGAUAUUUUGGGUGACUUACAUAUUGGAAAAGACGCAAUCUUUCAUAUGCGACAGGGACUCUGUAUGUCAUUCCACCCUUAAGGAUGCCAAUUUCUCUGACUGGAGAUUCAAGAUCUUAGUCGACUCUAAUAUUGGUAUACCGGCGCCUCAAAUUCCGGAGGCAGUCUUUGACGGAUUUGACUCCUUCCGCGCACUGUGUAGCUUAAGCCGGUUGCUAUCCAAAGCCCAGAGCUCUCUUUUCACGAUCAGCGCAACAUUGGUUCCUAACAAUACUCUGAUUGCCCGUAUAGAGGGUUUCGAGAUCGAUCUUGACCGAUGGCAGAUGUCUAUUGUCCCCCACUUCCGGCCCGGGUGUAAUCUUCAAGCUAACGUUAUGGGAAGCCUGUUAAUGGAAUUGAAGCUGAAGAUCAGUUUCCAUUACUACAGUGCUGUUAUUGCUCUGGCUCGACUGAAGCUUAGUAUUCUGCCUGAAGAUUUAAUUUCGAAAAGACAGGAGACAGCGAAACAGCUUCUACACGCGUCCCGUGCGAUUAUUGAUCUAACAAGAUACAUCGAUGUGGAGACGUCUACUCCAAUUUGGAUUCUUCUAUCUGUCCCGCUGUCGGCUAUCUUCAUACUCUUCGACUUCGUGAUUCACAACCCGUCUCACGAGGAAACGAAGAAUAAUAUUGCUUUGAUGGGCGUGGCUUCCGGAUAUUUCUGCCGCGUGGAAUUUUCCUCGAAUGGGCGCUUACAAUUCUCUCUUCUCUCCGAUCUUGCUCAAAUCGCUCGGGAUUAUAUACAAGAUGUGGAGGCCGGAACUAUAACAAGGCCAAUGGAACUUUCGAGAGUCCCGUCUCCCCCUCCUCUACUAUGCGAAGGUGAUUUCAUAGCAAAGCCAUGGCUGCAUGAUUUCCUAAGUCGAAUUUGA